GGAUGGGGGUGCCCCUCCCCCACCUCAUGGGCAGCUGAGCACACACCCGGCUGCUCCUGCCCCUUUAAGCUCUGCUCCUCCAGCUACAGCAUCUCCUGGCAGCAGCCCCGGCGCCGUCUCAUUGACCCCCCCCCGGCUCCAUCCACCGCAGCCCCUGCCCGCCCCGCCGGGUGCGCACUGCGCGCUGCUGCCCAGCUGGGGGCCGGCCGGGGGAGGCAGCGAGUGAGCUCUCCCCUGACCCCUGCAGCCCCCAACCCUGCCGAGAACCAUGGGGCACUGCCUGUCUGCUACUCAUCUAAGGAGUCAAUCCUGAGUGGGGCGGGGGUGGGGCAGACACCCCAUAGUGGGCGGGGCAGCGUGAUGCGACGGGCUACGGUGCUGGCCCUGCUGACAGUGGUGCUGGCCUACCUGGUGAGCGGCGCCUUCGUCUUCCGCCUGCUGGAGCAGCCGCACGAGAGCCGCCAGCAGGAGGCACUGCUUGUCGUCCGUGAGCAGUUCCUGCAGAGAUAUCGCUGUGUGCCCAGCCAGGAGCUGGACACACUCAUCCUGCAUGUCAGAGACGCCAUGGGUGCCGGCGCUGACCCCACAGCCAACAGCACCAAUAGCACCAGCACCAACUGGGACAUGGGCAGCGCCUUCUUCUUCGCUGGCACCGUCAUCACCACCAUCGGGUUCGGUAACACAUCCCCCAAGACAGAGGGGGGGCGUCUCUUCUGCAUCUUCUACGCUCUGGUUGGGAUCCCGCUCUUCGGGAUGCUGCUGGCUGGGGUGGGCGACCACCUGGGCUUCUCGCUGCGCCAGGCCAUCAGCAAGGUGGAGGAUAUCUUCCUGAAAUGGCAAGUGAGUCCCACCAUUGUUAGGGUUCUCUCUGCCCUGCUCUUCAUCCUCAUUGGCUGCAUCCUCUUCGUCACCAUCCCCACCAUUGUGUUCCAGCGAGUGGAGGGCUGGACCCUGCUGGAAUCUGUCUACUUUGUGGUCAUCACGCUGACUACCAUCGGUUUCGGGGACUAUGUAGCAGGUGAUGGUAUGGGGGACAAGCACCCCUGGUACAAGCCUCUGGUCUGGUUCUGGAUCCUGCUGGGCCUCGCCUACUUCGCCUCCAUCCUCACCAUGAUUGGCAACUGGCUGCGGGUGUUGUCCCGUCGCACACGGGCCGAGAUGGGGGGCCUCACCGCGCAGGCUGCCAGCUGGACAGGGAAUGUGACAGCCCAGCUGCGGGUGACGGGCAUGGGGCUGCCCGAGAAGCUUCAGAAAGUGGGGACGCUGAAGGGACACCCACCCUCCCCUAUGCCCCCAGAGCUUCCACCUGGCACGCCUUCUCCACCACCUCCUUUGCCUCGCCCGGAGCUCCCCUCUCCCAGCACCGCCCUGCAGGUGGCACAGCUCAAUGCCCGCAACAUGGCCGCCUCAGCGGGGGGCGGCCUGCGCCCUAUAGACUACAUGGGGGAGAACCUGGCCUUCAUCGAUGAGAGCUCCGACACCCAGAGCGAGGCGCCCAGCGAAGGGGGGCUGCAGGCCAAGCGCCCCCGCCAACUCCGCCGCCUGCGUACCCGCCACACCCACGGCCAGCCCCCCGGCCUGCCUAUGGACCUGCUGAGCCGCACUCGCCACAAGGGCGAGGCGGUCUAGAGGGGAGUGGAGCGACCCCAGCACGGAGACUGCCACCCUGCAGCAUGGUGCUACCUGUGCCCCCAACAGCAUAGAGACUGCCCCCCUGGCUGUCAGCUGGGCCUUCCUGUCCCCCAUGGUACCAAUGGGUCCCCCCCAACACAGACCUCCCAUCCUUCAUGGUACCAACUGGGCCACCCCGCAUGGAGACAUCCCAUCCGCUGUGAUGCCAACUGCCCCCCUGCUGCCAACUGCCAACCCAGCACUGAGACUGCCUCUCCUACCCCGGUACCAGCUGAGCACCCCUGGCACAGAGACACCAUCCUCCAUGGUCCCCUCAAGGUGCUAACUGUCCCUCCCCAGCACCAGACCCCACCCACGCCCAGAAAAGGGAUUUGCUCCCAUCCCCUUCCUGGUACCAGGAGACCCACUCCAAUACAGGGAACCCCACUGCACACAGACACCUACCACCCCAGUUCAGAGACUAACUCCCUCCCCUGGAGUGUCUGGGGGGCAGCUCGUGGGGGACACCCCUGUCUCCCCCCAAAUCUGUGCCUCAUUUGCCUUGUGAGCUGGGUCCUUAAGCCCCCCCAAAAGGGGGGAGGGAUCAAACUGCCAAAUGAUAUUCUGAACCCCCAGACUCCUGGGGGGUGACCCCUCCCAAAUCAACUGGGGGAAUGUAUUGAACCGAACAAGGGGCAAUGCUGUUCCCUGCUGCCUCCCCCACUCCCCCGUGGUGUAGGGAGUGGGGGUGUCCACCCAGCGAUCCCGCUGUGUGUCUGUCUGUCCUGUCGCCGCCCACCCCCCCCAAUCCACACACACAAAGGUGCCUGUUUGACUCUG